CUGCUGCUGCUGCCACAUGCUCUCUCAGAGCUGCUUCUUUCUCGGUGAAAUUAGACAACUGAACUGUUCCGAGACCCCGGAAGAACCAAUGAACACAAGCGCUGCGUCGUGACGCAACAGGGCCCGUAGAUAAGGAGCGGAGGGUUCUACCGGGACCUUAAACGGAGGACCGGCGGGUUUGGGGGUUCAGCGGACAGUCAGCGAGCGUAAAGCCAGCUCCUCCUCCUCCUCCUCCGCUGCCGUUACGCACACGCAUCUUCAGGCAUGAGCCCAAACAAGAACUAAACAGGCUGUACAACGGAAAGUGCUGCCCAUAGAUCACCGACGGGACUUUAUCACGCAGAGGCCACGUGUUUUUUUUUCUUUUCUUUCUGUUUGUUUUUUAAAUUACUAGUUUAUUUUUGUCUGUGACUGGGGCAAGUAGUUUCCAUCAGCUGCUGUGAGAAUCAACUUGGACUGUUGAUCCCGCAGGAGGAGAAUCAUCCCUCCCAACCUUUUUUCUUAAUUGUUGUAUUUUUUGUGUUAUCCUGUAUAAGUUGCUGCCCAGAGUCACACAGAACAACCCGGAUGGUUGUGCCAGUGCCCCUCCACAGAGCCGACAUCCGAAAACAUUCCUCCCAUCAAGGAGGAGGCUGAGAGCCGUGCAACGGGAGCUUCCGUACUUGGUAUGUUUACUCCCAACAAAUGGAUCAGAAAAUAUAGAAGAAGCAGUUUGUGAAAGCAAAAAUAACAAUAGAAAAAUCUUCCUAAGAGAAAAUUGAUUUUUUUAAAAGACUCGGAAUCCACGCGGCUGUUAAUGAAUUAGUCAGAGCUUAUUAAUAAUGAGAACUGCAGAGAUUCGGAUGAUCAUUGCCAUUGGCAGAUGAGACGUAGUGUGGAGAACACGUGUCCAAUUUUUCCUUCUUUUUUUUUUCUUUCUUUUUUUUUUUUUUUAAUCCCUGAACUGGAUUUCUUACUUGUCAUCGGCAGCGAGGAAAAGCCCGAAAACUGAGCGUCGCCACUGCGUUCCGGCGCAGGCUCUGCGCCUCUGAUGGACAUCUUGGCUUGCAGAUCCGAAGAGAACAGUUACAACAUCCUCCCCUCUGCGGCAACGAUGCUUUUCCAUGGCCUCCCCGGGGGCGAUGUGCACGGUGUGGUGGAGGAAAUGGAGCGGAGAGGAAAGGGCGAGUCGGCGGCCAUCAGCUCGGCCAUCGAUAUGGGAGAAUCAGAGACGGCCAUGCCCUGCGUGACCAGCGAGCGAGUGGCUCUGUGCGCGGGCUGCGGCAGGAAGAUCGCGGAUCGCUACUACUUGCUGGCCGUGGACAAGCAGUGGCACAUGCGCUGCCUCAAAUGCUGCGAGUGUAAACUCAACCUGGAGUCCGAGCUCACCUGCUUCAGCAAGGACGGCAGCAUCUACUGCAAGGAGGACUAUUACAGAAGAUUUUCAGUGCAGAGGUGCGCGCGCUGCCACCUGGGCAUCUCUGCCUCGGAGAUGGUGAUGCGCGCGCGGGACCUGGUCUACCACCUGAACUGCUUCACGUGCACCACGUGCAGCAAGAUGCUGACCACCGGGGAUCACUUCGGCAUGAAGGACAGCCUGGUGUACUGCCGCCUGCACUUUGAGACUCUCAUUCAGGGAGAAUACCAGACUCACUUUAACCACGCGGACGUUGUAGCGCACAAGGGCCUGGGCCCGGCCAACGCGCUGGGACUAUCCUACUUUAACGGCGUGGGCACGGUGCAGAAGGGCCGGCCCAGGAAGAGGAAGAGCCCGGGGCCUGGGGCCGAGCUGGCUGCUUACAACGCGGCUCUGAGCUGUAAUGAGAAUGACGGCGAGUCCAUAGACCGGGACUCUCAGUACAGCUCCAGUCAGAAAACCAAGCGGAUGCGAACAUCCUUUAAGCACCACCAGCUGCGAACCAUGAAGUCCUACUUCGCCAUUAACCACAACCCAGACGCCAAGGACCUGAAGCAGCUUGCCCAGAAGACGGGCCUCACCAAGCGGGUCUUACAGGUCUGGUUCCAAAACGCUCGGGCCAAGUUCAGGAGGAACCUGCUGCGGCAGGAGAGCACCGGGGUGGACAAGGCGUCCGACGGUUCCACGCUCCAGGGUGGGACGCCCUCAGGCCCGGCCUCUGAGAUCUCCAACGCCUCCAUGAGCCCCUCCAGCACCCCCACCACCCUCACAGACUUAACCAACCCCACCAUGCCUACUGUCACUUCUGUACUCACGUCGGUGCCAGGCGGUAUGGACGUCCACGAGUGCCGGAGCCCAUCACAGACAACGCUGACCAGCCUCUUCUGAUGGUCAGAGCACUAGCCCCUCACCCCUCAUCAUCACCACCUCUCCCUGCACACUCAGACUUUUACCACAUCCUUGUCCUCCUUCUGGAUCUAAAACUGAGCACUGUUAACACCUUAGAACUUUAAAAGAAUUAGAACCAUGAAGGAAACAAAAGAACUCCAUUAGAGACUAUCUGCUUAGUGAGGUGGCUGGGCCUCACUGAUGGAAUGGUUGUUGUUAUUUUGAUGUUGUCUUGUUGAGAACUGAGGAGAACCAAUUAAAAUUUUUCAAUAUUCACAAAGAGAGACUGCUGAGGAAAAAUGUUUUCAUUUUUUGGGGAAUUUGUUUUUCAGGACAGUAUUUAUGUUGUAAAAGAGUCACUGUUAGAAGGACUGUAAAAGGUCUUUUUUUUCCAUUGUUUGGAAAUCUGAGAUUAAAAUACAGUUUCAAAUA